AUGCAGACAGGUGUUUUCGUGAAGUCUCACCUGGGCACGUUGGUCCUGUGUGUCCUGUUCCUGCUCGUUCACCUGUGUCUGGCUGCACCAGGUCAACCAGGGACACUGAGAGAGGAAUCAGUAGAUGCCCAUCCGCCUUCCGUAGCACUACCCAAUCCCUUUGGCUCUGGGGAGGAGGAUCACAGGUUGCUGCAGAGUUUCAUUCAGUCCAGUGUGAAGGAGUCUGACGGUCAGGGAGGAGCAGACAUCAGCUCCUGGGAACAAGAGGUGUUCUUCCUGUUUCGUCUGUAUGACUUCGACCGCAGUGGGUUGUUGGACGGCUUGGAGAUGAUGAAGCUCCUCUCAGACUACAACUCCCAUCAUACACCAGGAGCACAGGACAAUGAGUUUGUGGUGCCGAUGGUCGACUUUUUACUUCAGACUCAGGAUCUAAACCAGGACGGACUACUUGCCCCCUCAGAGCUGCUCUCUCCUUCAUUACCUCAAACAAAGGACUCCGGCAGCGAGGUGGCAGCGGAGGAGAGGCUGUCAAAGCCCGGCGCUGACGAGGACACAGCAGGAGCAGCGGAGCAGAGAGAGGAGGCUCAUGGGGGUUUACAGCCUCAAGAGAACGAGCAACCUCAAGAUGAAGUGAAGACCCAAGAGGGAGAUGGACUCAUAAAGCUUUCAGAUGAACAAAAUGGACAACAACUCCCAAACGUCCCAGCAGCAGAUCAGGAGCAUUACCAGAGAGCGCCCGUACAUCAGGGGCAACCUGAGAUGUGA